AUGGAACUGGACAUGUUGCCGCCUCGUAUUCAGAGACUACGGCUGAAGACCAUACGAUACCAGUUCCGUAUGCUGCACGUGCCAGGAAAGCUACUAGCCACUGCUGAUACGUUGUCGCGCAUCACCUACAAGCCACCCACUCCUCUAGAGACUAUGGAACUUUUUGCAGCACAGGUAGUCGGCUGCACGUCGGAAGUCUUGCCACUCAGCCCUAAAGACGUGCGACAGGCACACGAGUCCGAUGGCGAGUGCAAGGUCCUCGCCUCCUACUGCCAGCAUGGUUGGCCACAAAAGACCAAGAUACCACUGCACCUCUCAAAGUACGCCUCUGUGGCAGACGAGCUUUCUGUCUGCGACGGUGUUCUGCUGAAAGGCGCCCGGAUAGUCAUCCCAUCGUCCCUUCGGCCAGCGGUCUUGAUGCUGUUGCACGAAAGUCAUCAGGGCAUCAACAGGACCAAAGCCCUAGCUUGGGAGUCAGUUUGGUGGCCUGGUAUCUCGACAGACAUCACCUCUCUUGUUGCCAACUGUGAACAGUGCGCUUCCACCCGCGUGAACUUUGCCGAGCCCCUGCUCUCCACGGCCCUACCUGGACACCCUUGGGAAUUCCUUGGAAUGGACUUGUUCCACCUCAACGGCCAGACGUUCAUCCUGGUGGUGGACUAUUACUCAAGGUUCCCUGAGGUGGUGACCCUGAGGAGCACGACAGCUCAGGCAGUCAUUGACGCUCUCAAAUCCAUCUUUGCCCGCCAUGGAAUCCCACAAGAAGUCAGGUCAGACAACGGCCCACCGUUCUCGUCGCAAGAGUUCACUGCGUUUACAGCGUCAUAUGGCUUUAACCACAGGACCAGCAGUCCACACUAUGCUCAAUCGAACGGAGAGGCGGAGAGGAUGGUGCGUACAAUCAAGGACCUGUUUCACAAGUCAAAGGAUCCUCAUCUCGCUCUGCUCAGCUAUCGGGAUACUCCAGGAGUCAACGGCUUUAGUCCAGCCCAGCUGUUGAUGGGACGUCAACUCAGAACCAGAGUCCCAAAGCAAGACUCCCAGCUACGCCCCAACUGGCCCCCAACGAAAGGAGUCGUCACCAAGGAUAUGGCUUACAAGCAGAAGCAGGCCGACAACUACAACAGGCAUCAUGGAGCUCGAGACUUACCGCCACUCCAAACAGGUCAGCGUGUCUGGGUGCGACCUGAUCAAGUGCAGGCUACAGUCCUCAGUCCAGGGCAAAGACCAAGAAGUUACGUGGUCGAAACAGAGCGAGGUGGCACCUUACAGCGCAACCGGCGUCACCUAGUGCAUUUUGGGCGUACUGCCUCCGGAGAGGAACCACCACCACUGCAGCAAGUUCGCUGUCAGGAACUUCAGCCUGCCAACAUUGUGGAAUCAACGGUCCCCCUCGGACAGUCUGUGCAACAGUCCCCUGCAGUCAGGGACCGCAGUGACGGUGUGACACGAACACGUUACGGCUGGCCUAGUGUUUCGCCGCGCCGCUUGAACUUGUGA